AUGAGGAUUCACACUGGAAAGACUCUCCAUUCUUGUCCAGAAUGUGGCAAGCAAUUCUCACUACUGAGUCUUCUUCGUAGGCACUCACGAAUCCAUACUGGAGAAAAACCACAUUGUUGUCCAGAAUGUGGGAAAAGAUUCUUAAAUAUACACAAUCUUAGAUGUCAUAUCAGAAUUCAUACUGGAGAGAAACCUUUUGGCUGUUCUCAGUGUGGCAAACGAUUCUCUGCCAAUAGCAGUUUACAGACGCACAUACGAAUUCAUACAGGAGAGAAGCCAUAUUGCUGCACUCAGUGCGGAAAAAGAUUUUCCGACAGUAGCAGCUUUCGGAAUCACACAAGAACACAUACUGGAGAGAAGCUGUAUGUCUGUUCCGAAUGUGGAAAAAGCUAUACAAGGAAGAGAAGUCUUUAUAAACAUACCAAAAGUCACACUGGAGAGAAACCUCAUUGUUGUUUGGAAUGUGGCAAGCGAUUUGUACACCUCCGUAAUCUUUAUAACCAUAGAGGAAUUCAUACUGGAGAGAAACCUUAUUGUUGUUCUGAGUGUGGUAAGCAAUUCUCAUGCAGCAGUAACCUUUGUAACCAUAAAAGAAUUCAUAAUGGUGAGAAACGUCAUUUCUGUUCUGAAUGUGGCAAGCAUUUUUUGAACAACGCAAGUCUUAAUACCCACAUGAGAAUUCACACUGGAGAGAGACCCUAUGGUUGUUCAGAAUGUGGCAAACGAUUCUCACAAAGAAACAGUCUUCAGAACCACACAAGACUUCACCAUACUGGAGAAAACCUUUUUGUUGCUCUGAGUGUGGGAAAAGUUUCUGUGACAGCAGCAGUCAUCUGA